AUGCCAGACGAUGAUCAGCGAGAUAGCGAGAAGGCACCGGCGCCACCGAGAUCAGGUAUCCGGCGCGCUUUGGACUUUGCCUGGUUCCUGCUCAAGGACCAGUGGUUUCUUGUUGGAAUCGGUGUAGUGACUCUUAUUGCCUCACAAGUUCAAGUGCCACUAGCACAGCAAAAUGUCAAGCAACUCGUCGUAUCCUACCUGUCCGUCUCCCUAGUCUUCUUCGUCGCCGGCUGCACAAUCGACACCUCAAUCCUCCUCGCCAACUACGCGAAAUGGAAGCACCACCUUUUCAUCCAACUCCAAUGCUUCCUCAUGGUCUCCGCCCUAGCCUACGCCGUCGUCCGCCUCGCCGCAAUCUCCCCUUCCUUCAUGGACCCCUGGCUCCUAAUCGGCAUGAUCUUCAACGGCUGCCAGCCGACCGCCAUGGCCUCCAACGUCCAAUUCACACGCCAAUCCCACGGCGAGACAGCACUAACAGUCGUCGAAACAACAAUCGGAAACCUAAUCGGCCCAUUCGUCACACCCGUCUUGAUCCGAAUGUACCUCCUCCCCAACACGUGGUUCAGCGCCGUCAUCCCCUCGGACCAAAGCAACAGCUACCAAGCCCUCUACUCCCGCGUCUUCAUGCAAUUCGGCCUCAGCAUCUACCUGCCCAUGCUCCUCGGCCAGCUCUUCCGGCAUUUCUUCCCCAAGCUCACCAAGACGCUAUUCGUGGACUACAAACUCUCCAAAAUCGGCAGCCUAUGCAUGCUCACCCUCCUCUGGCAAACCUUCGACCGCGCCUUCGCGACAAACGCCUUCAACGACGUGAAAUCCUCUAACCUCGUCUUCAUCGUAUUUGUCACGAUCUGUAACUGGUCUGUGUGGCUGCUCAUCGCUUUCGGGUUGAGUGUUUUGUGGCUGGGGAGGAAAGAGACGGUCGCGGUGGUGAUGUGUGUGCCGGCAAAGACGCUGGCGUUGGGGAUGCCGUUGAGUUUCUUGAUGUUUGAGGGGAUCAGUGAGUUGGAGGAGGCGAAGAUUCAGGUGCCGAUGUUGAUCUUUCAGGUUGAGAUGUUGGGGUUGGCGAGUAUUAGUACGUUGUUUUUUCGGAGGUGGGUUGCGAAGGGGGAGAGGAAGGAGAGGGCAAGGGCGGAUGAGGAGGGCGCUGUAGGUGGUGGUGGCGAUGGAGGGAGGCAAGAGGGAGGGGAAAAGGUGGUGGGGGUCAGGGCGAGUGAGAAGGAUGAUAUACCCUGUUGA